AUGUAUUGUAAACAUUGCGGCCAAAUAUCCUUCAUAAUGAUUCAUAAACAGGACCAUGAAACUGUAGCAGGCUCUCCAGAUUUGGAGUUUGAGGCCACAGUCAGGCUGGGCGACAAAGGGACACAAUUGGAGAAUGAUGAGGAAGUUUUGUUGAGCCUGCGAGCCAAGUUGUUUCGUUACGACCUGGAGACAGUCCCUGCAGCCUGGAAGGAACGUGGGGCAGGCCAGUGUCAGAUCCUGAAGCACAGAACCUCCGGUCUUAUCCGCAUCUUAAUGAGGAGGGCAAACACCAUGAGCAUCUGUGCCAAUCAUUACAUUUAUCCUUACAUGGAGCUCAAACCAAACUGUGGCAAUUUUGCUGAAGCCAAGACCAGGGAGCACAUCCUUGCCAUCAGAUUUACAAACUCUACAGAUGGCAAAAAGUUCAAAUCUGUGUUUGAUUUAUCAGCGGAGGAGAUGAAGAAAAUUCUGCAGACUAGAAAACUGACAUCGGUCACAGAGGAGGAGAGAAGUAGGUGUGAAAGCAGUGAGAAUGAACACAGUGAUGCAGAAGAAAAAGAUGUCCCAACUCCAGACAGAAUUGCGCCAAAGAAGACAUCAGAUGAGUUGACUGGACAACUUAAAGGCCUCACAGUAACAGCUUCAAACAUUGCACAGCUGGCUUCUGCAUCUUGCUAG